CCUGUGCCGCUGCGGAGCCAGAGCCCCCCCCCCGCCGCUCCCGCGCCAUGGCCCAGGAAAGAAAAAGUGAAGAAUGGAAUAAAGAGGUGAAUGGCAACAUGGCAGCCAGAGCAGAAGACUAUCUUGAGUCGCUGCUCAAUGAUGCUUUUAAGGGGAAGGGAUUUCAGAAAAUAAGCGAACUGCUUCAAGAGAGAGAGAUAGAGCCUCCCCAGAAAUACAGCAAAUCUCUCUUCAACCAGCUAGACAAAGCACUGAGAAAGGAGCUGGACAAGAAUGAAUUCCAGAAUGUUUCGCUGCUGCUGAAAUGUAUUCAGCUCUACUUUAAAAGUGAUCUUGAAGAAGGGACGAGUUUGUUUAUUGAGCAAGGACUGAUAGAAAAGCUGGUAUCUUGGUUUGAAAGAGCAAGAGCAUUUAUGAUCCUCAUCGACCCAAACACAAAUAAGUUUUUGAUGUUACUUCUUGAAGACUUCUUUGACUCUGCAUUGGUGAUUUGCAGGUGCAGUAAAAAAGGGAAGAAAGAGGUGGUGAAUUUAUUUUUACCUGAACUAGGGCAUCUGGUGACAGAAGCAAAUAUUUGCUGCACUGUGCGGCAGGAGGCUUUGAGGACCCUCAACUCCAUACUCGACAGUGUCCCACGGGAGGAGAGAAAGAAAUUCCCUCUGUCUGAGGAGAUGUGCUCGCUCACGAAAGACCUUGCAAAAACUAUACUGGAGGUUGGUGAUUAUGACCUUCAGGUUGCCCUUUCAGAAGCACUUUGUAGGUUAAUGGCAAAAAAAUGGAGGGAUGACCUUGUUCACCACUGGUUUGAAGAUAACUAUCUUGCUGAAGCUUUCAAAGCGAUCAAGGAUAGAGAAUUUGAGACGGACUGCAGAAAAUUUCUUAACCAGCUAAAUGAAAGGCUUGGGGAUGAAAGAAGAGUCUAUUCAAUCCCUUGCAUAUCUGCUUUUGCUGACAUGAAUGAGGUGAAGAAGCCAUCGGAUGAGAAGCUGGAGGAGUUCUGGAUUGACUUCAACACCGGCAGCCAGAGUGUGACUUUCUAUGUGGACAGUAACGAGGGUGCUCUUUGGGACUCUGUGAGGCUGUCGAAAGAAGCAGUCAGCAGUUACAGCCUGAAGGAGAAUGAUGGAGAAAAGAUUGUUAAAAUUUACAUGAAGAUUCCUGCUACUUUUAAUAAAACAGAAGCAACAAAAAUCAAAAUAUCUUUCAGUGCUGAGUUUGAAAUAUUAAGUGUACUUAGAAAAGUCCUGGGAGAUGAAAAAAUGAUGAUAAAUGCAGCUGAAGAGGAGUCUGUCCAUGCUGGGAAGCAAGCCACGCAGAAUGAAGCAGUGAUACCCGGGUCCACUAAUUCGCAGGGCAGGGAAGAUCCUCCAAACUCUGAAAACAUGGACUCCCUAUCAGACAACUUAGCCUCUCAGCACAGCCAACAGUUAACAGGCACUGUACCACAGAAAACGGUUAACUCUGGUGUCACCGUGAUUACAGUGAGCCAGCAGACUGAUGCGGAAAAUGCUAACCCAGGCUCAGCAAAAAAGUCCAAAACUCCAUCUCCAAGGACGAAAGCUAAGCCUAGUGAGAAGCCCCUAGAAGAAGAACCCAUGGAGGAGUCAACAGGAAAGAAGGAUGUUACCUGGGAAAAGAGAAACAGAAAAACAAGUUUGGCCAAGCAGAGGACUGAAGGCAGGAAGGAAAUCUAUGACUUUGAAAACUCAGACUCUGCAAGUCAUGAAAAGGUUGCUGAAGCCAAAGGAAAGAUUCUUGGCCAGAAAGUUUCUUCACAAAAUCAGAGGAGUCAUGAAAUGGGAAACAAGAACGAGGAAUCAAACAAGCUCGAGAGAAGGCCGUCCAGUUACAGGAAACACCUUUUCUCUGAAAGCAACAAUGAAAAUACAAGCACUGGUCAGAGUGAAAAAAGCUGGAUCCUUGACUCUCAGAAACAGUCGUUGCCAAAAUCUCUUGACUAUACCCGAAAAAGAUCCAGGGUGAGAAGUAAACUAAAAGUGCUUCCAAUGUCUUCCGCAAGUAGUGGCAGUGAUGACCAGACAAAGAAGCAGGGAACAUCAAGGCAAAGAGUUCAAAAGGAGAUGCUAAGGAAAAAAAGGACAUCCAGCUCCAAGGGAGACGAUUUACCUACAGUGGAUCUUGCUGAUGGAAUGCUCUCAGAGGAGCUCGAAGGGAGUCCACUAUCACUUGAUGCGUCGCCCAAGGGCUAUUCCAGUGAUGAGGAGAAGGCCACGCAGAAGUUUCACGAUCCAUCGGGAAACUUGUCAAGAGAAGAAGGAAGUUCUAAGCGGAAGGACUCAGAUAUAUUAAGUGACACUGUCAUAAAAAAGCCUAAAUUUUCCAGCUGGGAAACAAGUCACUUGUCCUCUGACACUUCCUAUAAAUCAAGGAAACUUUUUGAUUCAGUAGAGAAGGAAGCGGAGAUCCAAACAGGUCAGGAAAUGGAUGAUAGUGUGGAUGAUGUAUUUUUUUCCAAGAUGCAGAGUGAAGACUUCAGUGAUUCAGGGGUGACUGCUGCAUUUGAAAGCUUUAUCGGCCAACUAAAGAAAUUGUUCUUGUCCCGGUACAAAAGGAUGGAGACCAGUGCACAGAACGUCCUGAGGACUUCGGAGAAGAACGUGUCCACCCUGCUGAACCAGAUACAUGAGUGCAGGCUGAGUAAGCUGGAGACCUUCCACAAGAUUGUUGUUGAAGAGCUUGUCAGUGUUGAGAAGGAAACUCAAGUCUUGGCAAACAUGGAGAAGGACGCGGUGGACUUCUGGAACAUGCAGUUGCUCAAACUGAAUUCUUUCUGCAACGAGCAAAAGCAAAGGGGUCAGAGGAGGCGGAAGGAGGCGAUCAUUUCCGAUAUAAAAGAUACCGUUGGUGCAAACGCUGGGCAAAAAGCUGCAAAAGGGGGAAUCCUCAGGUUCAUUUUUAUUGAAUUCAGUCUGUUGACUCGGCCCUGGGUGAAACCGCAAAGAGUUUUGCCGACACUAUCCAGAAUACAACGUAUGAACGCCCAGUGAAGAAGGCAGUGGAAAACGUGUUCAUUGUUCCUUCUGACUAGCAAACCCCUGAAUUCAUUAGAGCUCUUAGCAUUCGAGCUCCUUAUGCAGUGUAGAGAAGAUGGUCCUGUGAAGGAUGUUAAUCUAUUUUAAAUGGAAAGGAAAAAAAGGGGAGGAAAAUAACAUUGAUAUUGAGCCUUUCUUUGCUUACAAAAAAUAUACACUGCUGAGUGGUCCAGUUUUGACCCCUGUUGAUAACAUCAAUUUUUUCUGCAAAAUUGCAAGAUGGGUCCAUUAAGUAUCAAAGAAAUA